GAUUGGUUUAAUUACGCUAUUGUCAUUUACCUUGCAUUCAGACCUGCAGGUGAAGGUGACUCCUGGAACAGAGGAACAAAGGAGAACACUGACCUGUAUCACCACCUGUACUCUGACUGACAAGCCCACCUACAUCUGGUACAAGAACGGACACAAAGUAAAGGAGGACUCUUCCAGCCUGUACUCAGACUACUUUAGUGAUGCAGACAGUUACUCCUGUGCUGUAAAAGGCCAUGCGGAUCUCCUCUCUCCUGCAGUGUGUCAGAACUGUUGGAGUGUGACUUACACCCAUCAGAGUAUCUGUGUCUUGAAGGGGUCAACAGUGAACAUAUCCUGCUCUUACACAUAUCCCAGUUAUCAUGAGAUCAAAAAAGCUUUCUGGUUUACUAAAUGGUCUGGUAUGGAUGCUGAAGAUCUGAGCUCAGUGCCAGGGUAUGAGGGUCAUAUAGAGUACCUUGGGGAUAAGGAGAGUAACUGUACCCUGAGAAUCACAGACCUGAGAUUGAGUGACUCUGCUGGGUACAGGUUCAGAUUCAUAACAUCUGGAGGAAAGUUUUCUGGCUCACCUGUCUCCCUGACUGUCACAGAUGUUGUGUUGGAAAUGAAUCGUAGAUCUGUGUCAGAGGGGGAGAGAGUCACACUGACAUGUCGAAACAAAUGUACACUGGACUCCAUCACAGCCUACAGUUGGUAUAAGAAUGGACAGCCUAUAACAAACAGCAACACCUACUCUCCUGUCUAUAGCCUAUUCUCAGUCAGCAGUGAGGAUACAGGUAGAUACUCCUGUGCUGUAGAAGGCCAUGAGGAUCUCCCCUCUGCUGAAGAGACUCUCACUGUCACAUAUGGACCAAGGAACACCUCAGUGUCAGUCAGUCCCUCUGGUGAAAUAGUGGAGGGCAGGUCAGUGACUCUGACCUGCAGCAGUGAUGCCAACCCACCUGUCCAGAGAUAUACCUGGUGGUUCAGGAAGAAUGGAGGUCACUAUCAGAGUGUCUCCAAUCAGAACACAGGACCACAUCAUACCUUCAAUCAAAUCAAAUCGUCUGACACUGGAGAGUACUACUGUGAGUCCCAGAAUGAGAUGGGGACAGACAGGUCUAGAACCAUAAACAUGGAUGUGAAAUAUGGCUCAAGGAACACCUCAGUGUCAGUCAGUCCCUCUGGUGAAAUAGUGGAGGGCAGUUCAGUGACUCUGACCUGCAGCAGUGAUGCCAACCCACCUGUGGACAAAUACACCUGGUACAAGAAGAAUGUAACCUCACCAAAAGCAUCAGGACAGAGUUACAGCAUCACUAACAUCAUCUCUGAGGACAGAGGAGAAUACUACUGUGAGGCCCAGAAUGGAAGAGGAUCUAUGAACUCUACAGCUCUGAUGAUCAUUGUAGCAGGGAAACAGACCUCAGUUCUGACUGCAGCUGUAGGAACCAUAGUGGUUGUUCUGGUUCUCAUCCUCUGUCUCUCUGGACUCAUGUGGUUCAGGAAGAAGUCCUCCAAAUCCACCUCUGACACAAGAGACACAGCAGACAAUGGACAGGGAGACUCUAGUCCAGUGUAUGACAACGUCUCAAGCAUGGCCAUGAACCCUACUGCAGCACAGACAGCAGCCACAGACGGCCAGGAUGAUGUUCACUACAGCAGCGUCCACUUCUCACGCUCCAAAAACCAGGAGGUGCCUCUAUAUUCCACCGUCCAACUGCCUCAGCCCCAGAAACAGGAUGAGGAUGUCCAGUACUCUGCUCUGACAUUCAACCUCCCCACUGCUGCCACCCGACCAGCAGCAGCACAAGCAGCUGAGGAGGACUCCUCUGUUCUGUACAGUACAGUCAACAAACCCUGAACCAAGAAGACCUGAACACAACAAACCCAGAACCAAGAAGACCUGAACACAACAAACCCAGAACCAAGAAGACCUGAACAGAACAAGUUUGACACAAACCUUGUAUAUCUGGACCUGUAUAUUUAAACUAAGUGACAUAAGGCCUGAGGGGGUGUGGAAUAUUGACCAUUAUGAACCAGGUGGUUUGAGCCCUGAAUGCUGAUUAGCUGAAAGGCAUGAUAUAUCAGACCGUAUAGCAUGGGUAUUAACAUUUUAAUUUACAUUGGUAACCAGUUUAAAAUAAGGCACCUCUGGGUUUGUGAUAUUUGGCCAAUAUACGACGGCUAAGGGCUGUAUCCAAGUACUCCACGUUGCUUUGUGCAUAAGAACAGCCCUUAGCUGUAAUAUAUUGGCCAUAUACCACACCUCCUCGGGGCUUAUUGCUUACGUUUAUAAUGGCAAUAAGGCACUUCUGGGGUUUGUGGUAUAUGGCCAACGUACCGUACCACGGCUUAUUUUGAAACUGGUUAAGAAUAUAAUUAGAACAGUAAACAAGUAUUUUUACAUCAUACCCGCGGUAUAUUGUCUGCUAUAGAGUAUACACUUAUGAAAUGCUGUUUCAGCCAAUCAGCAUCCAGGACCCAAACCACCCAGUGUAUAAUAGUAUAUAAUAAUAUUUUCCAUCCAGCCGACACUUUUAUCCAAAUUCACUCAGUCAUUACAGUCAUGUUUGAAUACAUUUUUCGGAUGGAAUGAAAGGAAUGAAACCCAUGAGCCAUGCUGUACAAACUGGGCCACACCGGACUACUCUAUUCACACUUAGAAUAGGAGUGCUGAUCUAGGGUCAGUUUUCACUUUUUUCACAAUGAUGAAUAAGAAAGUACCUUAACAUUUUUUUGUUAGUUUUUUUGUAAAAUUGUAAACAUUUCUGAUUACAAUAUAUUUUUCCCAAAAUGUUAUAUUUCUGAAACAAUCAUCAGACUUGUGAGACUAUAUGCUGUAUGAAGGCUAAGAACAAGAAAGUCAUUCUAUAUGCUUCUAUUAUAUUCUAUUACUUCAUAUGCUACUGUUAGAUGAUACACAUAGUAUAAGUUGGGUAUAUUUUUUUGUUUUUAUGUUCAGGAAAGAGUUCUGCUUAAUGCAAGGUUUCUUAUCGCUUUUAUCAAAUGUAUUUUUUUUGUAAGCUAGUGUGUGAAGUGUGACUUUUUUUCAGAAUGAACUUCAUCGUCAUUGUUUUUACCUCGUUAUAACAGUAUCUUCAGUUGAGAGAAAAUGGAAAGCUUUCAACAUCACACCUCUUGUACUGUACAGUACAUACAGUAACUACAAAUAACACAUUUACAUUGGUUUGCAUAGCAAUAGUGGUUCAUUCCCAUUCAUCAUCAUCGCCAACAAAUCAAAGUGUAUUUGUCAACAGUGCAAUUUCAAAAAAAUGUUUUAAUUG